GGGUGAGGAAAGUUAAAAUCUUUGUUUAGCGCCGAAAAAGUAUACAAGCUACAUUGCUGUCAGUUGAUUAUUUCGGAAUGUUUCGCCUUGAAAUUUUUUUUAAACGACAUUCGAAAUUGUUUCGUGUGAUACACGUCUUAAAAAUAAACCAAAACACACACAAACAUUCAUUUAGAAUGAUCCAAACCGAAGAUCGAGAACUCGAUCGGGCGCUGGAACUGUGCAAGCUCAUACAGAGCGAUCUGCGCACUUGUGUCAAUAUUGUGCAACGUUUGGAUCACAGAUACAAUGAACCGGAUCGCGAGAGAACUGUUACCAAACCAAUACGUUCGGAUAUAGUAGGGGAGAACUCAUCAUUGUCGGCAAUUAGUUUGGUCAGAUCAUCCAACACGUCGCUGUCCACGUUCAGCUUGGUCAGCGAUGGCACCAACAAGGUGGAGGGGCGCACCUCGCAUGAGCUUAACUACAUCUUUGUCGAUCUCACGAGCAAGGCAAUCAGGGUGCGUCGCGACCUGGAGACUGCUACGGCCCAUACGCAGCGCAUAACGGACUGCAGCAUGCGGCAGGAGCCAGUGCAGCAUCGCAUGCUGCGAGACGCGCGUGGUUCAAAGACAUUCAUAUGCAAGCACUAUAAUACCAAGACCCCGAAACGGGGUAGCUCCAAAAAGACGUGGCGGCUACGGGAUUAUAUCGAUGUGCCGAUGCUCGGAAAGCAAACAAUACAAAUGACCCUUUGUCGUUGAGAGUUAUUAUUUAGAUUUCAGUUUUUUUUUCUUCUUCUUCUUCUGUUCACCUCCCUUUAAAGACCAGUGAAUCGUAUUGUGCCACUUUUUAGCUUUUAUUAAAAAUUACUGUCAC